CAAUAGAAAAAGGUGCUCAGAAGCUUUUAAAGCCUGUGUUCGCAAAUAUUAUUUGAACUUUUUAUAUUAAAAAAAAUUUGAAACUGUGAUCAAAAGAAAAAAAGCUGUCGUAUUAAACAAAAAUAAAAACAAAUUCCAUUGUUUUCUUAAUUCAAUUAAAACAAAUUAAGUUGCGUAAUGCAUUCUUUCAGCGAUUUACCUAUAGAAGUAAUAGCCAACAUAUAUAGAUAUUUAGACAUCCAAGAUAUAUUAUCAGCAGAACAAACAUGUCAUCAAUGGCUUCAAGUUUCUCAAUUGAAAGAAUUUACUGAUUUAAUAGUGCUAAAAAUUAUUCAGUUGGAUGAGACAGUUCGGAACUUAUUCAUGGAAACCUGUAGAAAAUUUUCGUCAUUGCAUUUAAAAUUUAAUGCGUACACCAACUGUUAUUCUCCAAAGGAUGCUGAAUUUGCACGUAUCACAAAUGAUCAAUUACUUAAUUUUUUUUCUUUAUCGAAUAUAACUUAUAAUAUCGAAUAUUUGACGUUGGAAAAUAUCAAAUUACUUUCUUUUUCAACUUUUUGUGAAAUAUUAAAAAGCAUGCCAAAUCUUAAAGAACUAAAAUGUAAACAAGUUAAAUUUAUAUAUUCCUUAAAUGAAUUCUUUUUUGAUCCAAAUAUAUGGGAAUAUUCUACAAGAAUGUUAAAUACUAUGUCUUUAAAAUUACAAUCAUUAUGUAUAGAGAAUUGUGAACCAUUACAGUUAUUCCAGUGUAUUAAAAAUUUGAAGCAAUUACAUGUGUUAUACAAUGAAAGUAUUCAAGAUGAAGCUAGUUUUGAAACAAUAGUAAAAAAUAACGAAAGUUCUCUUAAGAGCUUAAAGUUAGAAUCUUGGACACUUCAUGUUAGUAUAAAUUGGGGAAAUUUUACCAAUUUGUCCGAAUUAAAAUUAAAAGAGUUUUAUCUUUCUACUGAUUAUGGAACGAUGUCAUAUUACGACAGUUUUCUCAAAUUUUUAAAAUCCCAAAAAUUUUUAACAGAUUUAUGUGUAAUAAAUAUAAACAAAUUAAAUAACAAAGAUUUUAAUGAAAUAUUGGAAAUGUUACCAAAUAUACAAAAAUUAAAUUUUAGCUAUAACAAAAAUUUAUCAAGUGUUAUAUGUAAAACAAUUUCAAAUUUGAUGGAUAUUAAUUCUUUAACUUUAAAUGGUUUAAAACCUGCAAAAAAAUAUCGAAUUUUUAAUGACUUUGUUUGUAAAAAGAAAUGUAACUUGUUGGAAUUAAGACUUUUAGAUGUUAAAUUAGCUGAUGAAAAUUAUAUUUCUAUAGCAGAAAAUUUAAGCAAUUUAAAAGUAUUACAUGGUGGGAACGGAAAUUUAACGGACAAUAGUUUAUAUUGUAUUUUGAAAAAUUGUAAGAACAUUGUUGAUUUAGUAAUUCAUAAUGGCAAAGUAACCGAUAACGCUUUGAUAGGACCAGAGUUGCAGUCUAAAAAAUUGUUAUACCUAAGCUUGCAAUGCGAGAAAAUUUCCGAUGAAACGUUGACUAAUGGUUUUAAAUUUGAAAACUUAACAGUGCUUAGUCUACUCAUUACCUCAAAUAUGUCAGCGGAAGGCUUUAAGCAAUUGACUGAUAAUUGUUUAAAUAUUAAAGUUUUAACUUUAAGAAAAAUAUGUUCAAGUAAAAUAUCAUUGAAUUUUCUACAGAUAAUUUGUAUAGCAGUGAUAAAUUUUUCAAAACUAAAAAAAUUGAAUGUAAAUAGAAAAUGUGUAUGUAUGGACUGGGAUUAUGAGAUAUAUUUAUUUAAAAACUCCAAAAAGAACGAUUUUCCAACUAAGUUUAGAGAAACUUGUACGUGUGAUUUUAGGACGUACUGUGUGGAGUUGUUAGACUGUUGGAAAAAUCCAUCAUUUCCGUUUUAUCUUUUAUAAUUCAAAUUAAAUAAUUUAUAUUGAGCUAUAAAAUCAAAUAAAUAAAUUUUGUGAUGAAUAAUAGGUGCUAUUGUACGUGAGAAUAUAAAAGCAACAGCUCAGUUUAUGUUAUUUUAACAUAACAUAAGUUUUGAUGUAAAUAAUGUUAUUUUUUUAAAUGCUUGA